GGAAAUUCAAUAUAUUUUUUACAGAAGUGCCAUAAAGUGAAUACAAAAUAGAUGUAUUGAAACAUCACAACAACCUACAUAACAUACCUUUUAAUGGCGACAAGAUUGUUAGUGGCAAUGGAUAAGAUGUACUUACCCAUUUUGACGGAGGUUCGGGACGACGAAUUCGAAAUCAUGAGUCGUGUUACGUGUCCGCAAAAUCUGAUUGAAUCUGAACUAUUUGUGCUUAUACUUAAAAAUGCUUCAAACGCAUUUUUCGAUGGCAUUGUCAAAGAUUCGGAAAAUUUGCUGAGCAUUGCCAAUAAAUUUGUUAAGUCUAACGAAAUAAAGACGUCAGUAAAGGGACUACAAUUACUCAAUAAAAUAAUUUGUCGAACACCUACCAAUACGACUGUAUUUCUAGAUGCACUUUUGGCACGCAGCGUCUACUUUGUGCAAAUCCAGAAGUAUCCCUUGGCAAAGAGCGACUUGGAAUAUUAUAAGCGGUUCAACCCCAAACUUAUGACAACAGAAGGAAUCUUACUCGUACAAACAUUAUUAUGCUUAUCUUUAUAUUUUAUGAGAAAAAUGCACGAUGCUAGGUUUCAUUUAUAUCAAUUGGAGGAAGUUGUGGGUAAAUUGCCAGCAAAUGUGUUUCGCGAAAACUUUGAAUUGCAGACGUUUUUAAAACAUUUGGAAAAAUAUAAAAAAGAAAUUAAUCAACCUCCACGGAAUAUACAGUACAAAAUUAAUAAAAAAAGUAUCAGCUUUGGGCCGUUAAUCGGAUCUAAAUUUUACAAGAAAGCACCUGUAGUAUUCUGUAAGUGUGAACGUGGCUUUAAUCUAACAGGAUUUGAUGGAAUAUACACCAGUAGCGCAAUUGCUAAGGAGGAAGUCAUCUUCAAGGAUUCGCAUUCUUUUCAAUUUGGUAUACCGUUUAUGAAUUGCGAAGUGUGUGGGAUUUAUCGAGAUCAUUUGUACACAUGUAUCGAAUGUCGUUACAAGACGUACUGCUCUUUAAAAUGCACACAAUCCGAUUGGGAAGAACACCAAACUGAAUGUUAUGGCUACAAAAUUGGAAUAAUACAGAUGCUGGAAGCAACACUGUUGUUUAAAAUAUUUAUACAAGCCACUAAAUAUUUGUCAGCAGUAUUAACAAGCUUAACCCAGGAGCAUGGAGCCAUUCGAAAUGCAGAUUCUGCGUGGGAUUUCAUUGUUAAAUAUUCAAAGGCUGACAAUGCAAACCACACUAUUAUCGGAAAGUUCUUGUCCAGUCAACCCGACUGCAAACAACUGACAGCGAAAAAGUGGCGUCAGCUUAUAACAACGAGUUUUCGACUGGCUGUUUUCGUGUAUAAUGAUACAGAUAUCAAUGACAGAAUUUUCUCCAAACUUAAAAUGCCAAAAUUUGAAACCAUUAAGCUCAUUGCAGCACUGUUAAUGCGUUUGAAUGUUCACAUAACACUAAAUUCUCAAAGAAAUGAAUUUCACCACCAGCAAAAAUUGCCUGCAAGCUUCAAUUUUCUGGAAUACCAAGGCUCACUUGAUCCACGUAUUAACGCGAAUGCAUUUAGCUAUCACUCUAUUAACGCCCACUUGGAUUUUGUGAAUUGUUAUAAUAGGCUGCAAGAACGCAUUUCGUCGACUAAGCAUUCGAGUAAUCAAAAAGGAUUAUUUUCCAAAAGCCACAAACCUCAAACAAUAUCUGAAUUUAUCAAAAAAAUUUCUAUAUUAUGUCUUAAGAACGCUAAGAUACAGUCUGUUGGAGAUUUAAAUGAUGUUAAAGCACAAGCUUCAUAUAAUUUCGAGCUAUGUCUUGUAAAAUUGAAUACCUCAGAUCGUUGCAAACUUCUCUCAAACAUUGCAGAAUAUUUUCAUAAGUUUCUAUAUGAUUAUUCUUGCUAUGAUGGGUGUCGGCGACAGGAAACUACAACAAUUUGUGGAAAUGUAAUAAGUUUUAAAAAUUUUUGUUUGGAAAACUGUGAGAGCAGGAACCCAAAUAGUGGUGAAUUAAUAUUAAUGGCCGCCAUGAAUCUAAAAGCUGAUGUUGAGUUGACAGUAACUCUUGAUUCUGUCAACCAAUUGGAAAACACAUCGUAUUUCGAAGUCAUGAAAGACUGCAAAAGGGAAUCAUGCUCUAACCAAACUGUGAUCGAACCAAUUAAUAAUCGUCAUGGCAUAUUUUGUGCUUUCUGCGAGAAGGAGACAGUAAUAACAUCUGCUCUUGGUAAAUGCUCGGAAUGCCAAAUAACUUAUUCUGAACUUUUUGAGCAAUAUAUCACAUUUAUAUCAACUAUUGUGACUGAGAUACGUACCAAGGUAUCAAAUCCAAAAACUACACAACGCGAUUUAACAAUCUUGUAUGGCACGUACAACAGUUAUGUUACUAUGCAUUUUUCUGAAGGAAAUGAAUUUCGUCUAUCGGGCGUACUAAGUUUCAUCGAGUUUCUCACAUCGAAUGAUUUCUUAAACCAUGCCUGCGAUGUAAUUUUUGUGUUGCAAAGUUCUGACUACUUUUUCGCGAAAUACGACCCAUUAAACAAAGAUGUUUUUGUAAGGAUAUUAAAUACAAUUCAGCAAAUUAUGGAACGUUACAUUGAGACUAUUAAUUGCGGUUUGGAUGUAAAUCCGAACUAUCCCAAAAUGCUAUUGGGAAUAGCCUGGCACAUUCUAAGCAAUAUAGGUGUUUAUUCGGACUUAUUUAGAGAUGAUAUCGAAAUGCAUAGUACACUCGUGGAAUAUUUUACGCAGUAUUAUAAAUGGAAGAAAAUAAUUAAUUCUAACCUUACGAUGUCAAUGUCAUUGCAAAAAUUUUUAAAUACUACUUAGUUUUUUUUAUAAGAUACAAAGUACAGAUAUAAAAGUAGUUAUGA